UUCAAAAUGGCGGAUUUUCGGAAAAAUGGUUCGGAGCUAAACAGGAUAUAUCUUAUAUGAAUACAAAGAAACAAAUACAGUGGAUAAAUAAACAGUUAGCUCUAUAAACACAAAGUGAGCAGCCAUAAAUAAGGGAUUUGCUCAUUUUUAUUUGUUUUUAUCGUUUUAACUUCGCAGCAUUCUCUUUUUAAAGAGUGAGACAUGGCAGAGGAGCGCAGACAGAAGCUGUGUUCGGUGAUCUUGCCCACUGAAUCCAUGAAGGCGAUGGCGGAGUCAGUGGGUGUGGGUUCACUACAGGAAGAGAGUUGUCUGGCCCUCAGUGAAGAGGUUAGCUACAGGAUCAAGGAGAUUGCGCAGGACGCACUGAAGUUUAUGCACCACGGUAAAAGACGCAAACUUACUACUGGUGACAUUGACCACGCUCUUAAACUAAAAAACGUGGAGCCUCUGUAUGGAUUCCAGUCUCAAGAGUUCAUCCCGUUUCGCUUUGCAAGUGGAGGCGGCAGAGAAUUGCACUUCUAUGAAGAAAAGGAAGUGGAUCUUAGUGAUAUCAUCAACACGCCCCUCCCUAGAGUCCCUCUUGAUGUUUCGCUCAAAGCUCACUGGCUAAGUAUUGAUGGUGUCCAGCCUGCAAUACCAGAAAACCCACCUCCAGGUAAGAGA